AUGGUUUACCUUUGGACUAGUUCGGGAAAACAAAUUCAUCUUAAAAUAGUGCACAAAUCUACAAGUGUGCUUCAACUAUGGAUUGAGAAUGUGGAAGCACAUCGUGAAAGGCAUAAUUUACUGAUUCUUGAGCUUGGCGUACUAUUUUGCUUUGCAAUUUGUGUAUUUCUCUUCAAACUGAAUGCUUUGCACUUUCUGUUCGUUUUCCCUAUUGGUGUGCUUAUGCACCUUUAUAGCUGCGUGAUAAAAUCGGAAAGUUUAGUGUUGGUAAAAGAUUUUGCCUUGCAAUGUUCGACCACAUUUGCCAGCGGUACCGUUCGCAAUGCUCUUAUACCGAUAGAAUAUAUUCAUGAUAUUGCAAUCAAUGAAGUGUAUUAUAACUUAAAAGUUAUUUUUAUUCUGCAAGUUCUUACCAAAGGAUAUUUAUUUAAAAAAAAGCCAGUGAUUACGCUUUUACAGAAACUUAAACCAGGACUACCCUGUCUGAAAGUAAUCUACGAUGAACUUCACUCCGUUCUAGAGUUGCAGGACUCUUAGCAUGAAAAGUCUAUUUGUGAUGCAUCACUUUUUCGGGAAGAGCUUUUGAAGAAUG